AUGUACAGGACCUUUGCGACUACUCUAGCCUGCAUCGCCAAUAACACCGGCAUCUACUAUCUGAAGAUCCGCGAGAAGCAGGCCGCAACUUCCUUUCGUUAUUUGACCGAGCUGGAAUUCGUUAGCCCGUACAUUGGCUUGGACCCUGCGGCAUGCGAUCCUGCUACAAUCCCGCCACAACCCAUUCCAAGCUUUCCAGUCGCUACAGGAGUGGCAAUAAGAACGUCGUCUCAAGCCAUCUAUCUCGAGUGGCACGAUCGUCAACCCUUCUUCGGCUCAAUCUCGCCAUCGCAAUGGCACAUUCGCACGGAUGUCGAGACAAGUACUUUCGUACAAAUUGGGGCGGGAGACUUCGGCAUGGAGCGCUACUCGCUUGGACUAUCCUUCUCAGUCUCACAUUCCACUCGGGCGCGCCUAAGGAUCUCGGAUGUCGCCUUCGCACAGCCAACCAUACAUGCAUCAAUAGAGUCUUCCGAGUUCGCAUACCCUUCCGGCACUUCCCAGUCUUUUGAGUUGCCGCGCGUUGGGGGGAUCAUCUUCCGGACCUGUGGCAGACUCCACAGAAGGGAGGUCCAGGUCUAUGGUUGGUGCAUCGUCCAUCGUCCAUCCCUAGUUGAACCCCUCUUCGCAUGGUGGGACUCAUUAACAUUUACUGUACGAUUCAUUCUGCCAGGUUACGUCUUGUCGCAUAAUGAGGCAACAGCCAAACUCGGCGUGAUGUGCGGCCAUGUGGAUCAACUGAACGACAAGCUCCCCGUACUCACUCUCCCCUCUGGCUUCACAAGGCGGUGUCUCAAAUAUACAAUCGCAGACCGACUCCCGCUGGUAUUCCGUGUCCCGGCGUUCUCGGCAUGCGCAUGCCGAUAUUCGGGUUUCGCGGGGCGAUUGACGUCCCGGAUCUCACCGUAUCGCAGUUCUUGUGAGCCGGACACGAAGAUACCCCACGAGCUGAUCGUACGCACAGCUGCGGAAGAGGCCCUCAAUUCGUACGGCCCUGCCAUCGGGUUUCCCAGCUCAGAAUCGUUCUUCCAUUUCUCACUUACUACCUACCAGGAUCUCAAAACCGAGGAUAUCAUGCGCAUCGAAUGCGUAACUGGCAUGCCCCGACCUGUCACCAAUAAGCACGCGUUGUCACUCGAAUCCGAGAGCGGCUUGGUUGACGCUUGCUACGCUCGCUGCACUCAACAUCGUGUCAGCUCUUCUACCAUGGACUAUCAACCCCACAGCCAUAACCAGAUAGAGGCGCGGACUUUCUCGAAGCGUGGCCACUCCCGGACACGCCGCCCGUCGCUCUCUUCAUCGAGGAGUCUUCACGCUACCAGAUCAUUGGGGUCAAUACCAAAGAGCAAGGCUGUCAUCUGUGCUUUCAGUCAUCGGAUAUGUACGGUCAGGGCCAAACUAUCGCGCACUCGCCGUGUCGAUGUUCCUUUAGUAUAA